GAAAAUAUAGCAGAGAGGCAGCCUGGAUUUAACUUUUUACUACGUUUGUGUAUUUCUUCGGUGUUUUUAAUAGAGUCUGUUUGAAGCGCUCAGGGUCACCUAACUUUGGAUGUCAAUCCAGAUUCAGAGCUACAUCUAGGAUGUAGUUUUCUUGCUUAAGUUUCUAUUUUUAUGUCUAAACGUCGGAUUGGAGACAGAAACACGAAACGUUAAGCAGGUCAUGGUGCUUUGACGUGUCUGUGAUGGAAGCAAGUUUUGGACUGGUUCCGUUCACCGUUACGCACAGGCUCGGCGGGGUAAACCAGCUCGGCGGAGUCUUCAUCAACGGGCGGCCGUUACCGCACGAGGUCAGGCGCCGCAUCGUGGAGCUCGCGCAGCACGGGGUGCGUCCCUGUGAGAUCUCGCGCCGCCUGCGCGUCAGUCACGGCUGCGUCAGCAAAAUACUGACCAGGUACAAUGAGACAGGAAGCAUUAGACCGGGGAUGAUAGGUGGCUCCAAGCCCAAGGUGGCAACCCCCACAGUCGUUCAAAAGAUCCUGCAGCUGAAACACAACAACCCCACUAUGUUCGCAUGGGAGAUCCGAGACCGACUGGUGCUGGAGCAAGUGUGUGACCCAAACAACGUUCCCAGCAUCAGCUCAGUCAACAGGAUCAUCAGGAACAAAGUUCAAGCUGAUUCUUGUGAAGAUGCAUCACCUGUUUCCAUGGGAACAGACUGUCCCUCUGAGCCCAAGUUUUCAAUGAGUGGGAUUCUGGGACUUAGAAAACACAGCAAACAAAACGAAGGAAAGGACGUUUCCUGCAGUGAGCACCACACCCAGCACUGUUUCUGUUUUAACACCAGGAGCAGAUCUGACCUCAGCUUGACCUUUCACCAUCAGCUGCCAGCUAACCAUGAUCCAGACCUGUUAGGGUAGCCUGCACUGAUCUGUGAUCAUGUAUCUGAGGUGACAUCUGUUGGAUCUUUCUGCUUGGGUCUUCAUUUCACUACAGCUCAAGAAGAGAAUUCAUCAUGUCUAAAAUCAGAGCAAGCAUGUUAAU